AACCUACUGGAUGCCGUGGACCAAACUUCAUCUCAGUCUCGAUUGACUGCACGUCUUAACUGUGUGUAACACAGCGUCUUACGUUCAUUUUGACGGUCGACGUCCUAGAGUUUGCACACCAGUCCGUCUGAAUGGUUUAUACGAGCCCCGACCUCCAGCCACCGGGCUCCAAGUAUCGCGAAUCCGAUCUGGACUCCAUUGACUUUUACAAGGUGAAAAUGAUCAAUCCGUUCAUGGAUACGGCGCAUACACCUCACCUGCCCCCCGGGGCACUCAAACUGAGCCCCCCGCACCACAUGAGCGAUACAGGGAGCGCCGGGCUUCAUGUGCAAGCAAACCAAUUCGGGGGUCAACCUAACGGAUACGGGGUGCCGCAUUCCCACCAUGUCGGUAGUUAUACUUCGGCAAGGGACUUCUUGCUCCGCAGAGACCAUCACAUGGGCCUAACGGGACACGAAGGAAACCCUGCCACCCACAACGGUAUGUUUAUCCCUUCUUCGGCUGGUCUUCACGUCAAUCCGCACGGGGAUUCGAACCCCAGUCACGUCUUGUUCCCUGGUCUCCACGAUGCCGGCCACCAUAACGCUCAUCACAACGGGCAGGUAAGACUGAGCAUCCCUGGGGCAGAGAUGUACCCCCGGGCGGAUCAGUUCGGACAGAUCACCAGUCCCCGGUCCGACCAUCACAGCUUCGGCCCUACUCAGCACCACCUGAACAUGAACCACAUGGGGGCCAUGGCAAUGAACGCUCACCAUAACAAUAUUAUGAACAUGGGACCCCACGGACCGGGGGCCUUCUUCCGGUACAUGCGUCCCCCGAUCAAACAAGAACACACGUGUCUAUGGAUCGACCAAGAUAUGCCGGAGCCACGGAAAACCUGUAAUAAGACAUUUACGACAAUGCACGAGAUUGUGACCCACAUUACGGUGGAACAUGUCGGGGGUCCCGAGCAGACGAACCACGCCUGCUACUGGCAGAACUGUUCGCGGGAUGGCCGACCUUUCAAAGCCAAAUACAAAUUAGUGAAUCACAUACGUGUUCAUACAGGAGAGAAGCCAUUUCCUUGUCCGUUCCCGGGCUGCGGCAAAGUUUUCGCCCGGUCGGAAAACCUCAAGAUCCACAAAAGAACACACACAGGAGAGAAGCCGUUUAAAUGCGAGUUUGAUGGCUGCGACAGACGCUUUGCAAAUAGUUCCGACAGAAAGAAGCACUCUCAUGUACACACAAGUGACAAGCCGUACAACUGCAAAGUACGAGGCUGUGAUAAGAGCUACACCCAUCCCAGCUCCCUCAGGAAGCACAUGAAGGUCCAUGGGAAGACGUCUCCAACCCACGACGGCUAUGACUCCACAGCCAGCAGCCCCAUGAGCGAACACAUUGACAACGACGAUUCUCCUGUGCCCACCCGCGAUGUCGACACCCCGCCGCCACCGACGUCACGGGCUCAGCCGCCGCGACAAAACAGUCCCAUCCCGACGUCGCUUCCGUCAACGCCGGCAGCGUCGCUCCCAACGUCUCUCGUCACGUCCUUGCCCGUUACGGCGAACGCUAUCCCAGGACUCACGCAUUCUCAUAUCUCUCACGCCCCUACGAACUUGAGUGAAUGGUACGUUUGCCAAAGUUCCGCCGGUAUGCCCACACCACCCAGCAAUGAACACUCGCCCGUGGGCGGUUUGGGACAUCUAGGCGUGAUUGGACAUAUCCCCACACUCCACCCACCGCCGGUGGCGCAAUACACGUAAGGAACCACCCACCGCCCUCACCGUGCGUGUUUUCCACGUGAGUUGAACGCUUUUCAGUUCUCGUUUAAGGCUCCACCAAAUGUGUUUUCCAAAUCCUUUCGGUCCACAAUGCCAUGUUAGACCUUGCAACCCGGUUCCGCUUGGUUCAUGCCCCUCAGUUCAGUCUGCACUUCGUGCGCGACAUUCAUUUUACUUCAUGACGUCACUUGACGGACGUCACCUAGCCCGUUUCUUGUGACGGAUGACGUCGAUAUGAAAAUGGACGUUCUGUGACUAAACGAAGUGGCAAAAACACUGCCAGGACUGAGAAAUGAGAUUUUUACUAUUUCACAUCUGGUAUUAUGAAGAAUUUUUCUUGUAAAUAUGUGACUGGUUGGAAAUCAGAAGAAUGCCUAAACUAAACUGCCAUAUACAUUCAAGGUCACCUUCACGAACUGUCCAGGUUCAAGUUUUGACCGUCUUCUAUGAAAUCCACGAAUUCUUUAGACGUUUAUCAAAGAGAAACACACAUGUUAACUGAGAAGCCCUUAGCUUAACUUAUUUAGUUUUCUGAGUCGAAGGUGACAAUCUUAUAGUUUAUGUUAUGUGUUUUUAUUUGUUUUCUUCAAAUAUGUCAAUGAAUGAUUUAUUGUUGUUAUAACCUAAUGCGAUGGCAGCUCUUGGUGGUUAAAUUGCACGUAUCUUUUCAGAAAGUAACUUAUAGUCGUCAUUGUCAUUUCUGAACACUCAUGUCCAAAGAUCUACAUUGCUUAUGAAAAAUAACUUAUGGAAAUCCCGAUUAUCCCCCCAAAAAUUGUUUAUCCGCAAGAAACCGGCAAAAUAGGUACCGGUAUGGUAAGUUAGAGCAGGAUUGAGAGUCCUUGUGAUUGUGUCUGACAAUACUUCACGGUUUAUAGACGCCUGUGUCGAGUUGGUCGAACGCCCCUCAGUUCUGCUGGAGUACCACGAAGCUGUAUACAAUGUGUACAUCAAGUUUAAAACUACGGCUUCUAGCCAUUCAGCUUUAUUUUUUGCUGGGCCGUGAUAUUUUUCUAAACGUUAAUAAUACGAAUCCGGUUAGGUUAUUUGAUAUCUGUGGUUGUACUGAAGGGGUUAGCGCUGCGAACUGAAGCGGUGUAUCAUAACAAAAUGUUGACAGAGAUUUUGAAAAGGCGCGAAUGUGGGUAAGGCGUUACUUACACACUGGAUCUCACCCGGAUCUCGUUUGUACCGGCCAGGAAUCCCAGGACAUGUUGUAAGGAAUGGGCACUGGGGCAUAUCCAUGUUCGCACAUAGUGGCAUGCCAUUUUUUUUCUAGUCCUUAUUUUGAUUUUAUCAAAGUAACAGCACGCAGAAUGGCCUCGUGUUUUUUUUAAAACAAAGAAACAAAAUCGUACAAGAAUACAUGCUUGUCUAUACUAUCGGUGUUGAUACUGUUUUCGUUUUACAACGCAAAAUCUCCAUACGCAAUAUUUUUUAAACAUUUGGAAUUUGUUUGCGAAUCGAAAAUUGUUUUUAAUGAAGUGCUCUAAGUUGCAAUUAGGUUCGAGAGGAAAAUCCCAAACCUAUGUACAAGGUUAUCCUAUCUGCUUGUUAUUAUUGUUUUAAAAUGAAUCGCAAUUAUAUGACAAUGCUGUUUUUAUGUUUCAUUAAAUGCCUUUUUUAAACCUUGCCCAAAACGUCGUACAGAUAUCAACGUUUAUAUUUUAAGAUGACUAUUAUGUGUAAAUGUAUAGUGAAAUAAAAUACAAAUCAUUAAUAUA